AUGCAGUUAAUUGGGAGACAAGAACCUUCUCUCGCCAAUUUUCCGUUAAGUGGUGGGAUCGCUUUGAGGUUCCCCGAAUUGCUGAGAAAGUCUAAAGCUGAGCUCCAAGAUAUUGCACGACAAUUGAUGCUCCAAGCCUCUCAAGUGAAUGAUGAUGAAGACAAUGAGUCUCAGUCGUCCUCCAGCUGUCGCCCUCUCUCCUCUAGUAAAAAAAGUCCUGAUUGCCCUUUAAGAUGGUCUGAUUAUCCUCAUGGUCAAGACCCCAAUGAUGACUACCCAACUUAUGACCUAAAUUCAGACUAA